AUGGGCCUCUAUUAUGUCUUUACUGGACAGGGUUCAAGGUUGGACCUUGGCUGGUUUCUAGCAGAAAGUUCUCCAUAUAUGUGGGCUGGCCUUGGAAUUGGACUUUCUGUCUCACUUUCUGUCAUCGGAGCUGCUACGGGAAUCUAUACCACUGGGGCAAGUGUCAUGGGAGCUGGUGUGAGAGCCCCCCGUAUAAAGACUAAGAACUUGAUCUCCAUCAUCUUCUGUGAGGCUGUUGCAAUUUAUGGCCUCAUCAUUGCCAUUGUCAUCACAGGCAUGAUAGAUGUCAGCGGCCACACACUGGAGUCUCAAAAGCUGAGGGAACAGAACUGGCUGUCAGGAUAUGCAAUGUUUGGUGCAGGUCUGACAAAUGGAUUCGGAAAUCUUUUCUGUGGGAUUGCUGUUGGCCUUGUUGGUUCUGGAGCUGCACUUGCUGAUGCUGCUGAUGGCGCUCUCUUUGUCAAAAUCUUGAUCAUUGAAAUCUUUGGCAGUGCUAUUGGACUGUUUGGCCUCAUUAUUGCCAUUCUGCUUAUGGCCAAUGUGAAGAUGGGUGACAAACUUUGAAGAAACAUCAUUCCUGAUGGACACAACACCUUCCAUUCCUUUUAUUUGGAUGUGAAUAUGCUGCACAUUUGAAGAGUUAGUGAUUAUGUGAAAAGUUUCAGAAACGUGUGAAGAUUUUCUACUUGUGGCCUGGAAGGUCCUGCUGGGUCGCAAGCACAGAAUCUUCUCCUCCCUCCAUCAACACGAUUGCAUGAUCCAUCUCCUGAUCCAUCUUCAUUUUGUGAUGCUGAGAGUCCAUUCCAUCAUCCCCUAGUCAUUGGUAGUGGAACUAUUCAGUAUGUGGAGAUGGCAACAUUCUUCCAGCAUGUGUUGUUGAUUGCGAAUUGAAAAUUUGCUUCACUCGUGAUGUUGUGCAGUACAUGAGGAAUUGUCGUGAUAAUUAUUAUGCUGCUUUGAUUGGAUGUCAUUCCUUGAAGUAAAUAUACCUCUACCCCCAAAAA